UUGUUAUUGUAUUCAUCCGCGGAAAAACCACCGUCACAAAACAGCGCUGCUAGUUGAACUGUCCAAUUUUGCCUUUAGAGAUCAUCGUUUAUAAGCGACAUUUAAUUACAUUGCAGCCUGUGACACUGAGCUGCGAUGAAGUUCCAGUAUAAAGAGGAGCAUCCCUUUGAGAAAAGGCGAUCAGAGGGAGAGAAAAUCAGGAAGAAAUACCCGGACAGGGUUCCUGUAAUUGUUGAAAAAGCUCCCAAAGCCAGAAUAGGAGAUCUGGAUAAGAAGAAAUAUCUGGUCCCCUCAGAUCUCACAGUUGGCCAGUUCUAUUUUCUCAUCCGAAAACGAAUCCACCUAAGGGCUGAAGACGCUCUAUUCUUCUUCGUAAACAAUGUCAUUCCUCCUACCUCUGCAACCAUGGGCCUGUUAUACCAGGAGCAUCAUGAAGAGGAUUUUUUCCUCUACAUCGCGUACAGUGAUGAAAGUGUGUACGGAGAAUAGAACCAAAGGGAAAAUAGCUUCCCCACCUCCUUUCCCUUCCUUUUACAAGAGUAUAUAAACCCAUAUCGGCAGCCUAGAGUUCAGAGCUUCUGACAUCAAAUGCACUUUUACUCUUUUCUUUAUUCCCAUUUCAUGUUAUUUCCUUCAGUCUGGAAUUUUUGGUAUUUAGUCAUUUACUACAUGAAGGUCAUUUUUCUUUAUUACAGGGUUUCCCCCCCUUCUAAUAUUUGUUUUAUAAGUGGCCCCAAGCUGAUCCUCAUUAUGAUCCUCACCACUUGGCAGCAGUAGACUAUCAGAUGAAGCUUAAUUGGUAAAAAUGAGUUUGUCUAGAUUUUGCAGUUAAUCUUUUGUUUCACUAAACCUAGUGAAUUGCUCUCCCAGUGCUUAGAAUAUAGAUUUUGGGGCAUUGCACACUUAAGUGCUGCUGAUAAGUGGUUUGUAAAAAAGAAAUAACAAAAAACAUCUCUUUCUUCAGUUCUGUUUCAAAAUAUUCCUUCAAUAUAAUAUGAAUAUUUAAUGAGAGUUAUUGUACCUGGAUCAUUCUAGGUAAUUUGAUUUGAGAUUGUAUAUCUUAGUUGGUUUAUUUAGCUGUUUUAUUCUUUUUUUUUUUGAACUCGGUAUUCAGCUGCAUUUCUGAUACCCUUAACUUGAGGUGACACUAUAAACUAAACAUAGAUAAACCA